AUGGGGCACGGGCUGUCCCUCACAUUGGAGCUCUUGGAGCUAUCAAGCUCUACGUGUUGUGAAGGCACAGAUAGUUUAGAGUCUACUUUUCAUUUUACAGCAUACACAGCUCAGGCAGAUGAGAAGACAGUCCCCGGUACUCCUACAGGUGCUAAUGCCAGAGCCUUAUUGGUUUGCAGUGGACCUUUAGAACAUUAUGACUUUCUGAUUAAGCAAGAAGAGCUGAGGAAUGAUGAGCAACAAAGGAGAGUUGUGCAGCACCUGCAGAAGUUGCACGAGAGCCUUAAAGGCUACAGCAUCAGUUCAAAAAAUCUUUUCUCAAAGGUCUUUGCAAAAAACAAACCUCCAAAAGGUCUUUAUGUCUAUGGAGAUGUUGGUACAGGAAAGACAAUGGUGAUGGACAUGUUCUAUUCUCACUUAGAAGUAAAAAGGAAAAAGAGAGUCCAUUUUCAUGGCUUCAUGCUAGAUGUACACCAGAGAAUACACCGCCUUAAGCAGAGCUUGCCAAAAAGAAAGGCAGGAUUUAUGGCCAAAUCAUAUGAUCCAAUUGCACCAGUAGCGGAGGAAAUAAGCGAAGAGGCUGCUCUCUUGUGUUUUGAUGAAUUUCAGGUCACUGACAUUGCUGAUGCCAUGAUUCUGAAGCAGCUUUUUGAAAAUCUGUUCCAAAAUGGGGUUGUCGUUGUGGCAACAUCUAACAGGCCGCCAGAAGAUCUCUAUAAAAAUGGUCUUCAGAGAGCUAAUUUUGUACCAUUCAUUGCUGUGCUGAAGAAAUACUGCAGCACAGUCCAGCUUGAUUCUGGAAUAGACUACAGGAAACGAGUGCUUCCUGCUGCUGGAAAACUCUACUACCUCACAAGUGAAGCUGAUGUGGAGGCUGUCAUGGAUAAGUUGUUUGAUGAGCUGGCUCAGAAACAAAAUGAUUUAACUAGACCAAGGAUUCUAAAAGUGCAAGGCAGAGAGCUGAAGCUGAAUAAAGCGUGUGGAACCAUUGCAGACUUCACGUUUGAAGAGCUGUGCGACAGACCUCUUGGGGCCAGUGACUAUUUGGAAAUAUCAAAGCAUUUUGACACGGUCUUUGUUCGUGACAUACCACUUCUUACAAUGGCAAAAAGGACACAAGCUCGUCGUUUCAUUACUCUUAUUGAUACCUUUUAUGAGCAUAAGGUGCGUAUUAUUUGUUCUGCAGUGACUCCUCUGCAAAGCUUGUUCCUGGUAGAACAUGACAACGGUGAGCUAGAGGACAACAGAGUGUUGAUGGAUGAUUUGGACUUGAGCCAGGAUUCUGCCAAAGGACUCUCCAUGUUUACAGGAGAAGAGGAAAUCUUUGCCUUUCAGCGUACUGUCUCACGGCUUACAGAAAUGCAGACUGAACAGUACUGGAAAGAUGGGGACAGAAGCAAAAACCCGUUAUAAUUAAAAGUUGAAUAAAAUCACCAAGAAGUAAAACUACAGAAUUGGAAGGCUUUUUAGCACAACUGAAAUAAUAAUUGCACUUUAUCAUCUGGACCAUGUUUUCUUUCAUCAGUUGUUUUUUGUGCUUAAGACAUGAGGACUGGAUUAUUUUUCUGUACCACCAGCGUGUGGACAUGUGAAAUUUUGCCUUUGUUUUCUUUUCUGUAAAAUAGAACUUUGAUGUUCAGGAAGUUUAAUGGGAUUAGAAUUUUUCUGGAGAAUUGGUCUAGAGACAAAGUUAAUGGGCCGUGCAGGGUUCACAGUAGAUUUAUGAUGUCACAUGAAGAGGGCACUUUGUGGUUAAUGCGCUGCUUCUGUCACGUACAAUGCAGUUUGCACAAAAGAAAAAUCAAAUGCUUUCUUUAUGAAACUCCUGAUAUUGUAUAGGUCCCUGCUAGAAUCCUGGAACUCCUCUGUAGUGUAUUCUGGGGUUUUUUCCUAUUUUCUGUGUGUAGCCAUCCGCUGACUUUCAGGCUCUCAGAGUUUCUUGUAAUCAGACUGUUGCUCAGUCUGGUUCAUUGAAAACUAACGGUUUGAACCAAGAGAGAAGCCUGAGGAGGAGCUUGAAGGUACUUGAAACCGCACAGGAUUAAGAUCUAAGUAAUCAUGGAUGGGAAAAGAAACUGUGAUAAGGUAGGGUAUACUGUAACAUAUACGUGCAAGUUAAAACUCUUCCUAAAUUUUGCAGUUCUCGCAAGCCUGGAUAUGCCGCUUCUACCCCAGUGACAUAUCUCUACCUGAAUUUUCUCAGGCUUCAUCUAUACCAAGCCUUCCGUUGCUGCUGGCACGCCUGCUCUGAUCUGGGGAGAGUUAGUACACGGUACUGCUGAGGCACUUCAUCGUGUUACAAUAGGAAUGUGUUUUAUGGAAAAGAUGGGAUAUUAACUGAUCCCCCAAAACACAUCACCCGUCCUCAUGUUUGUAGUUGGAAACUUUCUUUUAGUUAAAAACGCAGUUGUGUCAUUCUUGGUUUUAAUCUAACGGAAACAAAAUACGGUAUUGCAUUGGCUAAUACUGUAUUUUUAUAAAAAGUCAUUUUAAGAGCAUAUUUAGAAACCCUGAAUAGGGAAGAAUAUUAUGCAGAUGGACUGAAAAGAUUGCCCUGAUUUCUUAAGGAGGAGAUGUAUAAUGCACUGUCCCCAAAUUUGAGGGGUUUUCUUGGAUUUUGCAACAUGACCUUUUUCUUGUACUUUAUCUGUUAUCAAAAACAUUCUUCUCUGCCUUCCUU